AUGUCCUCUCCGGCGACCACUCGACGACGCGGACAGCCGAAAGGCAUCUCAUCGCCUCCCUUGGAGAAGAUGGAUUCUCCUGCUCGGGGUUACGAUGACGAGAAGACGGCCGAUCAGGCCGCCAAUGGUGCGGCGAUGAAUGGACACGCUCCUAGCGAAAAGUCACUGCAGACUGCUGGUCGUAUAGUCGCCGGUCUCUUUUCCCAAUGGAUCACCGUUGGUAUUAUGCUCGGCCUGAUCUUUGGCGGCUGCUGCUCCAAUGUUGGAACCCUCUUGACGUUUGUCCAAUUCCUCUUUGUGGCUGUCACCGGAUACUUUUCCCAAUUCGAUCGAUCGAGACCACCGUUCUUCUUGCAGCAGAAUAAGGUCCCUCUACGCCGCUGGAUCAUCAAUAUUGUCCUGUUCUUCAGCAUCAAUGUGUUGAACAACCAUGCUUUCAGCUAUGACAUCUCCGUUCCUGUGCACAUUAUUCUUCGGUCAGGUGGAAGCAUCACAACCAUGGUUGCCGGGUCUCUUUAUGGGAAGAAGUACUCGCGCAUACAGAUCGUGGCUGUCAUUCUCCUGACAUUCGGUGUUAUCACAGCAGCGUGGUCGGACUCGCAGUCAAAGACCUCUUCAAAGGCAGCCGAGGGGAGUGGCAAGCCUGCUUUUGGGACCGGUCUCGUUGUGCUGUUCGUGGCGCAGGUCCUCUCCGCCAUCAUGGGUCUUUACACUGAAGAGACGUACAAACAAUACGGCCCCCAUUGGCGAGAGAAUCUUUUCUACUCACACCUUCUGUCACUGCCGCUCUUCUUACCGUUUGCGCCAUCACUGAUCCGCCAAUUUCGAAAACUAGCAAAUAGUCCGCCUUUAUCGCUACCGAUGGCGCAACUUACCGGCCUUGGCCUCAAGGGGGAGGUGAGAGAUGGUCGCUUCGAACUCCAAAUUCCGAGCCAACUUGCCUAUCUGGUGACAAACGUCGUUACCCAGUACGCCUGUAUCCGGGGUGUAAACUUGCUCGCUGCCGUGUCCUCGGCAUUGACUGUAACUAUUGUCUUGAACAUUCGCAAGCUGGUCAGUCUACUUUUGAGCAUAUGGCUUUUUGGGAAUCGCUUGGCCGUGGGGACGCUGGUCGGGGCAAUCAUCGUGUUUGGAGCUGGAGGACUAUACUCAUUGGAUUCCAGAGCCAAGACCUCUAGGGUGCAGAAGAAUGUGGGUGCGAAAUAG